AUGAAUCUUCGCCAACAAAUUACCCAGUUCUUAUCACUUGCAUAUGUCUUUUCGUCAGCCUUUAUGCUAUGGAAGACAUUGUCGGUAGUGGCAAACCUGCAUUCGCCAAUUGUUGUUGUAUUGUCGGGAUCAAUGGAGCCUGCGUUCCAAAGAGGUGAUAUUUUGUUUUUAUGGAACAGAGAUAGAAGACAAAAGGUUGGUGAUAUCGUUGUUUACGAGAUUGACGGUAAGAGUAUUCCAAUCGUUCAUCGUGUAUUGAGAGAGCAUCACAAUCUGGAGAAACAAUUGUUGUUGACCAAAGGUGACAAUAACGCUGUUGACGAUUUGUCAUUAUACGCGAAGAAGCAGAGCUAUCUCAAUCAAAAGAACGAUCUAGUGGGAACGGUCAAGGCGUACUUGCCAUUUAUCGGAUACGUUACCAUUCUAAUCAGUGAGAAUCAAUAUUUCAAGUUUGGUUUACUCGGUUUGUUGGGUAUCUCGUCGUUAAUAAGUGGGGAGUAG